AUGGCAACAAACUGGGAUAAAGUCAAGUAUAUUUCCCGUGUGAGACCAGACUCUGAUUAUGGUUUGUUCGAUGACUGCAACGACUCGUUAGACGAAUGCGACGUGCGAGUAAAAAUUAAUGAGGUAUUGAGAGAACCAAACGAAAAUGGCUCAGAAACACUUGUUCAUCGAUUGCAUCCUUCUUCGACUCAUCUUCAAACAAAUUUAAAGCGCAGUUCUCGCGACGGACUAUGCUUGUCAGUUCCACAAGACAUCGGAAGAAGAAGUAUUUUGCGAUUGCAUCGGGAGAACUCAAACGAAGUCGCCAUUGAGAAAACCUCUGUAAGGACCAGCGUAAGCAUGAAUUUGUUGCCGCGGUAUGGUUCCGAUUUAAAUGCGGAUAUUCUGGCGCGACCACAGCCUUUUGUUAAAACGAACAGACGGGCUUUCGUAAAAGAUUUGUUUUUUAAACAAGAAGAAGGUGAUAGUUAUUACAAAUUGAAGGUAAGCUCAGCGAACAUUUUUCAUGAUGGGUAGUAAAUGGGGUCACAUUUCAUAAUCUAUGUAAAUUUCUCCUUUUCUAGUUACUUCUGAUACAUUUAUAUUCAUCUGUGAAAGUGAUUUCGUGAUUCGUCUGUUCAUUUCUAUGAAGAGACGUACAUUUGCCCAGGCUUCAGCUUUGAACAGGCCUGAUUUCUAAAAAUUUCAACCAGACGAGAUAUUUUGAGCAAGUUUCGGUUUAGAAUGAAUUUAUAAAUAUAAUUACGGUGUAACGAUUCACACAGAAUUGCCAUGCGGAAGAUGAAAAAUAAUAUUCACAAAUUUCAAGAAAUUGUCAUUCGCAUUAACAAAUUUACGGGAGCCACUAUGAUAACAGAAAUAAUAUUCUAUAUAGUAUUUUGUUUCAGAGCCAAGAGAAAUGGAAAUUUUUUUAAAGAUAGAAGAGACAAUUCAUAGCUAGGUAACGGCUAUUGGCAAAACAAUACGCAAACGCUUUAGUCAUGAAAUAAGGUUACGGUAUUUCCGAAGAAUAAAAACCCUCGGUUCAAAUGUUUUGAUAGUUUUGAACUUUAAAAUGAUCUAUGUUUAGACAAUAAUCCGCCGUUUUUUAUAACGGUUAGUGUUGACGUGACAUUCGAAAUCGAUGACAGUUUUAAGCCCGAAAAUUAGCUCUGAUUAUUCCAAAAAACUAACCGCAUAACUGUAAAAGCUUUCUAUUUCCCUAGGUUUUACUGAUACAAUCAAUGACCAAUCGGGUCUCACACAGUAUCUUAGUUAUUAUGAAAUAUGCGUAACUCAUCAGUUCAGAACUUAUAGACAUUGUUUGAAGGAUCGCUCAUUGGUUUCGUAAGAUCUUAAUACUAUCGAAGAAACGAAAGUUUCAAGAGAGAUUUCCCAGACCAGAAAAUCAGAAUGAUCGCGAAGAUGUCUGCUCAACUUUUCUAAAUCACCAAAUGUUGUAAUUUUCAAUUUUGCUAUUUGCUGUAGUUUAAAUUCAUUGUAAAGUUAUUUUAAGAGUUAUUUCUGAUUGGGAGCUGAGAAGAUAGACCGCAUUUAAUUCCCGCAGACAUAAAAAAUAAGAAAUAAAAUUAAAACAAUAAUGAAAAAGGAAAACUAACAAAAAUUUUAAAAAAGAAAGCACAAUGACGAGUAACAUGAAGCCAUACUAGUGUAAGGGAACAAAAUCAUUUUUUUAAAUAAAAAUUGAUGGAGCGACGAAUGUACAAGUGAAAGAAACUGAAGUUUCUAUUCGUAAUCAGUGAUAAGAGUUCUUACCUACUGUUUCUAUGGAAACAAAAUGAACCCCAUGGUUUACGGAUCAAACCCAACAGCAUGACAUUUCAUCAAUUUUGAGUGGGAGUUUUGUGAGCAUGUGUGCCCAUUGAAUGGCCGCUGUUCGUAUUACAGUCAGGCUCAGAUGUGACAUUCUUGAUAGGCGUGAAUAUUCCAUUCUCUCUCUUUUCGAAACGCAGUCGAAGUAAGAGAUAAAAUUGAAUUCAAUAUUACUCAAAGUUAAAACGAAAAAGCGCAAUUAUCGUUUUUCAAAAUCUAGGAAGCCUGAAACACACGAGGCAUAGUAAGUUUGACGUUCUGACGGACUUUUGUUUCCACAACAAGUCGCUCUGCUAAAAUCAGUGGCAGCGACUUUUUGGAAGCAGUACACUUGAAGCGGUCUGCCGCAAAGAACUGUUGAAGUGAUGUGUCGAUUUUUUUCUUCCCGGUCUUAUGCCGUUUUCGAACGUUUAUCGCGUGCAUUUCGUUAAUUAAUCUUGUUUCUUGAUAUCCGACAUUAAAAUCUAUAAAUCGGCAGGAAAAAGCUCGUAUAAUGAUCUAGCUUUUAGCAUGAGAUCGAAAAGUUUUAUUACGCCAUAAUAUGUUAAUAAUAUGUUCAAAUUUUUGAUGAAUGCAGUUUUUACCCACAGACAUCUCGUUCACACUCGCACACUGAAAGUCGAAUAGAUCACCACUCUAAAAUACUCCUGAACGCGUUUAGACUGUAUUUGUAUAAUUAUAAAUCACACAGACAAUAGCGAAUAUUGUAUUAUCAGAAUUGAAAAUGAAGCUUUGUUUUCAGUAUGAAACAACCGAACGCUUUCAAUUUGAUAAAGCUCGAAGAUUUUGUUUCAACUAACAUGGUUCUGUUAAUAUUUCCAGAAAUAGCAAGUGUUUGUAUCUUGAGUGCAUUUUUUCGGUAAGGUCGGUAUCAAAGUCAAAUUGAAAUCUUUUGCAUCAAAUGCCAGUGAUUGGGAUGCUUUCGUGCCUAAGACGUUUAAUUGGCUCUUAAUAUGGGUUUCUUUACCUUUAGCCAAUUACCUUUCAUCAAAAUCAUUAUGAAUCAAUUUAAAUGUAAGUUACCUAGAAUCUGCGGUUUUGGUCAUUGUUAUUAAAUCUAUACACAAUUCUGACACAGUCUGAUGAUCAGUUUGAUCAUAAAAAAAAAAAAUGUUUUUUUGUUUUCUUGGAGAAAAAUGAAGAGAGAAAAUUAAGGAACAGAUAUAUUGUUCUAGAAUAAAGGCCGACACCAGAACACUUAUAUGGUUUUCGUCUCAAUUUAGAAGAACACAUUUGUUAUCUGAAAAAAAAGUGUUUGAAUUAUUAAAAUGUUGCGGCAGAUGUUCUCGCUGGUUUGCUGUUUAAAUCAAAAGCAAAAACUUGAAAGCUGACAUGUUAAAUUUUUUUGUCUUGUUCAUGAUGAUCCUCCUGGAUUUCCGCAGAAAUCAUGAAUUGUGUACUAAGGAGAUGUAAGGUAAACAAUAUUGCUUUUUUAUUGGAGAAAAUUUCCUCGCAGUUUACAUUGGUUGGGUGUUAUAAUUUGGAACUUCUGGCAAAUCACGAUCUAGACAACUUCCUUUUUCGUACAAUUUUGCAUCAUUUGGUUGGUUGCUUUUUCUAAAAUUCAUCGCAGUUCCUCGCUUCCGCGAGAAUAUAAGACAAAAGGGUCUGCACUUUUGGAUAACCAUUCAUUUGACGGCUAAAUAAACUCGACUUCUUUAUUCAUCUCGCCGUCCUUCUAAAUUCGGUUUAAUUUUCCUUCAUCUUACCUGGCAAAAUCGUGUCGGACUAAGUUAAAUUAUAAUGUUAAAAAAUUUUCGUGACAUUUUUCCAGCCAUAAAAGUCAAUAUCCUAAGAUAAGAUCAGUUUAACAAUACACUGUAACUAGGAACACUUGAGGGAAGUUACGUGCAAAGAAAUUGAAUAACCCGACUUCUGACAAUGCAGUUAUGUAGUUGGUCCUUACUGGUUGAAAAGGGAGAUCUAUGUCAAAAGCACCAAUAAAACACUUAGUAACAAAUUUAUACCAGGACCUUCUGUGAGAUAUUACGUAAAUCACAAAGAAAACAGACAUAUUCGACCGAUUCAGUUCGGUUAUGUAAUUAAUCUUUAGAAGACAUCUGUUAAUAAAAAGAGUCACGUUAUACGUAAUAUUCAUGGAUUAUCACGAUUAUCAUGACUGAUUGAUCAUUUUCGACUUGUCUUGUGCCUGGGUUCCAGAGUAGGGCUUGUUUUCAUUCCUACAUUGUAUGAAAGGAAAAACAUUUACGGGCAACUUAUAAGAUAUAUAAUCAUAUUGGAAACUUUCACGGGAUUCAGAUGAGUCGAGGGGGGGUGAGGUGGGGGUUACCUGUAAUUGAUAACUUUCCUGUCCAGAGAAGGAAAACAAUUCUUCUAAACGCUCCAUGCCGAUGAAAACCGGACAAUUAAGGAUAAUGAGGCUUUUUAUAGAAAUGGCUGCACCCAUGCUUACACAGAUAAAGACAAAUGAAGUCAUUCGAAAAUGAGCCGUGCGGACAUGAACACGUUACCUCUAGCUCAUCUUGAGGUCCUUUUUUUCUCAUGGUGCAAGCCCUUUUGGUUGACACUGUUUUGUGUAAAGAAGACUGAAUAGACAGCUGGACUCAUUUUUAGCCUGAGACCAUAACAGCAAAAGAGGGAAAGUUAGUUAGGAAGGAAAACAGUAACACCCAAAAGGAGAUAUCAUUGCUGAUACCGAUACAACUUAAUAGAGAAAAAAACAUACAGAGUGUUGCAUGCAUGACAUGAAUUUUUUUCUUGAUGUUUUUAGUCAGGUGACUAUGGAGAAAAUGAGAGAGAAACGUUCCACACUUUAUCCAGAAAAGGAAACACCGAAGAACUCAGAGCGCUCCUUCAGCAGAAUGAAGGUUAAUGAGACUUGCUUGGACACUACUAUGAUUUGCAAUCCAUUAAUUCCUGAACUAUUAGAUUAUAAUGGUGAAAUGACAAACCUGAAUCUAUUUAUUUGAACCCUUUAUCUCUCAAGAUUUGAUUCUUAAUUCUCUCCUCUCACUGCUACUCAUUUCGUUGUACAUUAGUUUUGAAGAUUUGUUGUCAGAUCAUAACAGAAACUUCCACCUGAUAAGUAUUCUCAUGCUGAAUAAUGCAUGAAUAGUAAGAGAGAAGUUACAUGUUGAUGACUUCUGGGUGAAAGGGAUAUUUGAGACUGCGCAACGAUGAUCAUUGGAGAAAGAGAAAGUUGACAGUAUCUAAACUUGAUGCAAGAAAUAGCUAUUAGCCUCUUACUUUUUUCAAUCAGUACUUUGGCCUGGUUUACGAAAACUUAGUGGUGAACGAUUACACUUCCAUCUUAUGAGGAUUGAUUAACUUAAAUUGAUAAAAAUUCUUCACUUUCAACAGACAUCGACAAAAAGGACAGUUAUGGUAAAACAGCCUUACACUGUGCAAUAUCAGCCGGACAAGUCAAUACCGUAAAAUUUCUCCUCCACAACCAUGCAAACCCAAACCUUAAGGACCACAGAGAAGAGGCAGCACUUCACGCCGCAGUGCGUACCGGGAACGUGGAAAUGGUGGAGGUAAAUUUAUGGACAUUGUGGAGUAGGUUUGCGCAUGCCGAAUUUAAAGCGGCAAACCUUUCUGAUUUACUAGCCCAUUUCAAUGCUUAUUCACCUCACCGAGGUUUUUGUAUUCCUGGCUCUCUUGCUUGAUAUAACCGAUUGAUUUUCUCCAUGUUUUCAAAGGCUUUGCUGAACCACAAGACCACCAAUGUUAACAUUGAAGGACGCGGAAAAUACACUCCUCUGCAUAAUGCCGCUCAUUUGGAACACCGAAACGCCCUAGAAAUUUGCCAAAAGCUGGUAAGAUAAGCAUUCAUUGUGAAACGUCGACAAGUGCUGAACUAACUAUUUUAGUCACACUCGGUGCCCUAAUUGAUAAGGCAUGGACUUUGUAUUUCGCUCUUGGGAGUGACACUUUAUUCUCAAGGGGUCUCUCUACACCAAAGAGCACUAAUAUUUGCGUAAGGCAAACUGUCAAAGAAAUUUCUUACGCUUGGCUUGCAUGUGACGGACUUGCAACGCCCUAAAUCGCUUCAUUUAGCAGAAAUCAGGAGAAGCUUCUGGAAAAUUGAAUUACUUGGCGCAUAAGAGAGAAGCAAUCUUAAUUCCCAUCACAACCAAACUUUUCCUCUCCUCAGCUUGACUGUGGGGCCAAAGUAACAGCAAAGGCAACUGAUCACAUGACACCACUCAGCGUUGCCGCUCAGAAGGGGUCAGCGGAUAUUAUGGCCUUGUUCUUCGAAAAAUGUAAGAAAUGAUCAGGUUUCUCCUCGGGAGUUUAGGUUGAAGAGGGAUGACAUUAUUCUGUUUCAGAAGAGAAUAGACGCCGGUUGAAAGUGUUUUUCUACCGUUCACUAGUUUUGCUGUUAUUGUCUUCCCCGUUUAUUUCAUGAUUCGAUCGUAGGUUCCUUUUCUUUCGGUGAUUUUUCAUCAUUUGCAGAUCAUCCUUACAGCUAAUUGGUUAAAUGUUUCUUUUCUCAACAUUUGUGGCAAUUUCUGCGUCAUAGGUUACGAAGUCCAGAGGGGUACAAAACAGAAAUUGGACCUUCUUUACGGUGUGGACUCUGAAGGAAGCUCGCUGCUACAUCUUGCUAUAGACAGCGGUGUUUUGAAGGUAAAUUAAACAACAUAACAGAAAUUCAAGCAGCUGAGGGUCGAAUGGGUUCGAAACAUGUGCCCACCAAUUUAUACUUAAAGACUAAUUUUCUUUUGCAUUUUUAGGCUGUUAAACUUUGUUUGAAACAUGGUUGCUCUGUGACAGCUGUCAAGGUAAGCAGCCACAAAAUCUACCCCAAUCGUCCUCAAUGUACUUUGUUCACAUAGAAAUUCGACAAUUUCCACAAAGUGGCCUAAUAUCAUGAUACAGCCCGACUCCCUGUUACACAAUGGUAGACAAUAGCAUGUUCCAGAAUAAAAUACCUGACUAUUGUAAUGAAUGUAUCCUAGUUUGGGACUAGUUUCAGUUGAGGCUUCUAUAUUUUUGGCUUUCGCUUUUAUUUAUUAAAUCUUUCUCCUGAAAAGACUUGUUUUUUUCUAAAAGAUCUAUUUUUCACCGUCAGCGGUUAAAUGGUGGUACUCCUAUCCAUUUCGCGUGCCGUCUUGGUGCGCCAGUGAUCCUUCAGUGUUUAUAUGAACAUGAACCAGCGGCUUUCCAACACGCUUUGUUGGACAAAGAAUUCAUGACACCUUUACACAGGUAAUUAGGAGCUAGAAAUGUCAUGAUGUAAUUUUUAAGUCUAAACAAAGGGCAUUAUCAAAGAAAAAAAUAUUAUAAAAAAACUUUUUUUAUUAAGAACGUAACUCUCUUUGGAUAUCAGCUCCAUUUCCGUGGUAUAAGCAUGAGUCAAAACUGGGUGUGUCUCAGAGUCUUGUCCUUGCUAGCCUUUCCAAGCAUUAAGUUGGUAAUGAUACUUCUGAUUGGCUGAAAAAUGAUGAACACGAAAAACUGCACACUUUUGAUUGGCUGAAAAAUGAUAAACAUGAAAAAUUACGCGAUUCUGAUCGGCUGGAAACGAGUGACCUUUUCAUAAAUUACAAUUGCAAAGUUCUUACGCGAAUGGAAAUCGCAAAUUUUUUUAUGAUUGUAUGAUAUUACAAAAUUAUUGAUAAGUUAUUACAUGAAUUCUCGUGUAAUAAGUACCUGUAAAUUUUUCAAAGUUCAAAAGUCAUGUUAUUACCUAUACUAAAACGAAGCGCGGUGGUAAACGGCGCGAUAGUAGCAGGGGAGUGAAAAAACUAGGGAGGUGCGGGUCGGUUCGCGUCAACCCAAAACUCCCUGGUCAUCGCUUUGCCAUCGCACUGUUUGUUACUUCGCUCCAUUUAACUUACUGAAUGCCUGGAACAGGCUAAUUCCUUGGUGAAUGGGUUCACGUGCCAUCCAAAGUAAACAAUAUUUUUUCAUUUAAUUUUCUCUUUUCUGAGGAUAGCCAAACUAUUUCGAAACUGGAAAUAUCAUCAUCUAACACUAUGUCUGCCUAUGGCACAAUAUGGACACACGUGGGACUGAACUAUUUUAAAGUUUGCGGACUGGGGUGGCUUGGUUCAAAUAGUCAAGAUCGAGUUUUUACAAGAGAUAAUAAUCGGUUUAUAAUCUUAUGGUUUUGACAAGUUGGAGAUGUUACCAAGCCACUUUUACCACCAAACUCCCUUGCUUCUUUUAUCAGCAAUAUUUCUUUCCUUAAAAGCGGAUAAAAUUGGGUGGGGUAGUCGGAAGUCAACCACCCGGUGUGCACUGACCCUUGGACUACUGGACAAAGCCGUGGAGUUAGCGUGCCCGCGGUACAGUUGACCACUCAUGUUAAAAGUAGCACCUUGUACGGUCGUACGGUCGUACAGUCGAACGGUCGUACAUCCAAAUUUUUUCGGCUUGAUGGGUUACUACCAUUUUGUAUAAUUAUGGGGCUAAGUAAGCUCCGCUAUUACUGAGACCUGUUAAUUAAAGAAACAUCUAGCUCCACCUCUCAAAUUUUCCUUUAGGUGUGCAAUGUAUAAUCAUAUCAGCGUUGUAAAGUUUCUCGUAGAACACGUAAGUACAAAUUAAUGAUGCUUUUCUUUAAACCACUAUUUUUAUUGUAACUCGUGGUAGCUUUACAUAUAUUCUUUCAAGAGCAUUUGAAACAAUGAAAUUCCUGUACAAAGCCUCUGUUAUAUCUCAUGCAAUAACCUACAUACUGAACAUUUGGCAAAAAUUUUCGACUUUGGUUCAUCUACGAUUGACUCCCAGUGCCAUAAACUUGAGGAAACCUGGAUAAGAGGUUACUGUUAAGAGAGUAUUAACUGUUGAUAUUCCCUUGUUUCUGUACAUGUGUUGGAGACAGUAUUAAGUUUAUGUAAAUAAGUAUAGACCAUUCUGAACCACUGCUAUCAACAUUUCUAAAAUUUCCAAUUAUCCGAUCCCGCCCCCUGAGGUUUUCAACUCUUGCAAAUUUUCUGUUCUGACUGGUUAAAAUUUCAAGGCAGUUAUUAACCACUACACUUCUUGAUCAAAAUAUCUUCCUUUGCAGGGUGUGGAUCUAAACCCUCGGGAUCGCGAGAAAUGCACCCCUCUAUUGUUAGCAGCGGCUCAUGGUUGUUCUGCAGUUGUCUCACUACUAUUGGAAAGUGGAGCGGACGUUACUAGCGAGGAUGACAAAAAACGAACUGCGCUGCACUGGGCAGUGGGACAGGACAGAACUAUUGAACGACUUCUAAAGGUAUGACGCAAUGAUCCUCGCCGGUGCGCGAACUGAAAAAUUCGAUUUCGAGAUUAAAACACUAAUCAUUAUCACUUUAUGUAAAGAGGAGAUCAACUUUGAUGCAUUUUUAAACUUGUCCGACUGGUUUAACUUGUUUUACAGGAUACACGGGUGCAAGAACUAAAACUCGUCAAUCAACAGGAUAUCACAGGAGCCACGGCUCUCCACUAUGCUGCACAGGGAGGUUUCCUAAAGGUCAGUUUUCUACCUCGCGUGAAGAGAAGUCUUAGUAAGUCGACUGAUGAAGUUCUUAGUUUUAUUUCACCUUGGUUUUAUAGUCGCUAAUUUUCAUUAGUGAUUCCACAGAAUUUUGGAAGAGAAUGAACUUCGAAAGAAGGCGACAAAUCUAUGUUUCGUACCCUUUCGAAGUAGCGAACUCAUUACGCCCUUAUCUCUACACGACUUUUUCCAGGACCUUUUUUUUUUUAUAAAACAACGAGUUAAAGAACAAAGUGGGUAAGUUUCUAAAGAAACUGCCGUGCUUCGUCUGUGGUGGGGGAAGUGUGUUAGGAGACAAUUUAGUCUCAUCAACUGAGUUAGUAUUGUAUAUUAACCACCUGAAGAGUUUCCUAAGUUGAAAUUUCGAGCGUUAGUCCUCUCUUUCUGACUACUCUUCAAAAUGAUGAUGAGGAACUCCGUGACUUUCCAGCUUCUCCCAGAUCCUCACGAACCUUGAAAUCGUAUCAGUGGCUUGUGUUUUCCUUUUAUUUUGAAUAAUUGAAAAAAGAACAUCAUUCUGAUAAUUGAUUAGCUCUGCUGAUUCAGCCGUAGUACAGGGAUGUUACACCUGGACUUACUUUCAUAAUCAAGUUUUCUAUGUCACACACUGAAAGAAACUUUAUCUCAUGUUUCCCUAAAUUCCGGGCUUUUUCCUUUUUCAGAGCGUGCUCUUACUUUUGAAGAAUGGAACUGAUGCAAGUCUGAAGAAUAAUAAACUUGAAACCCCUCUUCACUUAGCCGCCAGGUAUGGACGAAAUAUGAACGUGUGGACGGCAAUUUGAAACUGAAUGCUAUAAAUGUAGUUUGCGAUGUAAUCACUUUUGCCAUACUUAGCGGUGAGAAACAACCGCUGAACCAAUCAGAUACUAAGCUAGAACUAACCAAAAACCUAAUCAAGAACCUUUUCGCUCUUUACAUGCUGAGUCCAAUGUCCUGACAGAACUAUACUUAGGUAACUGUCGAAUGCAAAUACUGUAAAACAGACUUGUGAUAUAAUUGAUACAAUACUAUAAAUAAGACAAUACCUUUCCGUUAAUUUCUUCGAUUGUUAAUUUUUGUUAGUCAUGGCUGGCUACCAAUCGUUAAAAAACUGAUGGAAGGUCGACAGACACGUUUGAUGAAUGUGGGAAACUUCAAUGAUCACACACCUCUCCAUUUGGCUGCUUCCAACGGACAGGACAAGGUCGUCAAAUUCCUCUUGGACAGAGGAGCUACAAUAGAAAGGUAACCACUACCCCUCAUGAUCUACUCGUGUAAUCAUGCAUAAGCACGCAAGGAAGCGAUCGGGUAGAGACAGAAAAGGGCUCUAGAUUCACGCGCUGAAAUUUUCGAAAUAAAUGACAAAGCUUGUAUUUCAGACGACCACUUUCAUUUCUCAGGCUUAAACACGUGAUUCUUGUCAUUUCUAAAAGAGAAAAAAAGGACUUUUGUAUAGAAGUGUUCUCAGGACUCAUCUAAUUCCUAAAGUUUUUGGAAAAAACUUAUCAAUAAAAUAAUCUAGCAAGCACUUAGAGUAUGCUUACAUCGUACUAAUUAAUCAAUUACAAGUCAAAUCGAUUUUAUUGAGGUAAGGGUGACCCAUACGGCUCUAGAUUGACAGAGGCCGUGCCCAAUUUAUAAACGCGAAACGAGAAAAAAGUGUUGCGUAUUUUUCUUGUUGGUUUUUUUUCCAAAGGGAUACGGACGGCCGGACACCUUUACAUUUCGCCGCAGCAAAAGGGUCGCUAAAAAGUGUUCAGUUGAUCUGCUCUUCGAAUCCAAACUGUAUUAAUGUUGAAGAUAACGCUGACCAGGUAAGUUCCUAAGAAAGCAGCUCUCCGCUUUAUAAAACUGGCUUUUUGUAUCUCACAGGUCUCUUUCCCUUAGCUAUGCGUCAACCAGAUUUCAGACAUUUCGCGAAAAACUAUUUCUCGCGAAUAUUGUCUUUGAAGAAUAAAUUUAUUUUGCAAAAUGAAACGGUGGUCUUGGUCCUGUGCCUUCGCUUUAGCUGGUAUCACGCAUACAUGGGUACACAAACUCCUGAAUAUAUUCAUAGCAUUGUUAAAAAAAAAAAUGUCCAAAAUAUUUCGCCUGGAAAUCUUAUCAUGUUAAUCCUUCUUCACUCCUUGCUAGGACACCGCUUUGCACCUGGCUUCCAAAAAUGGACAUGCAGCCAUAGUGACGUAUCUGCUAUCCCAUGAUUCCCAGAACGUGACGUAUAACGCUUACAAUCAGAAUGCACUGGAUGUUGCGAUAGAGGCUGGAAAAGAACCUGUCGUGAUGUGCAUUGGAGACCAUUUACGGUGAGAUGGUGUAGUGAUGGAUAUGCGUUUCUCUUGAUAAAAAGAUUCCCGUAAAUUAUGAAUAUCAUUUUGUUAAUUUAUGAACAUCAUCCCUAUCAGGUGGAGAGAACUGUGUCAUAGAGUAGAAGAAGGCCUUACUCAACUACAGAGCCUUAUUAUAAAGAUGCCGUUGGCUGCAGAGGUCGGUUUCGGCACUUAUUCAACUUUUAAUCAAAACCUCUCAGUACCUUAAUUGUUAAGAAAUUAUUGGAAACACCCAAAAAAAGACUAAAGAUCUGGGUGGGAAGAAACAAGAGUACUGUCUUAGCCUACACCUUGGAGAACCUUUCUUCCAGGCCAUUGUAUUCCAUAAACUCGCGUUUUUUUUUUUUUUGACGGGGAGUUUAUUCUGAGAUUUAGAAUGAAACCUUUUGCUAAUUUUCCGAGGAGAAAGUGUUGUUUUGAGGGCAAAGGGCUGUUUGGAAUUUCAAAAAGCUAAACUUGGCGAGAAAUUUUGAGCCAGUGGCGUUGAGAUUUAUUGUUUUCUCAUAAACAUUGGAAGCAAAUCAUUAAAACAAGGAUCCUAUAAACAGAAGAACAAAAAUGUUAAAUUUUGAGCUCGGUCGUGGAGGAAAUAAAAAGAUUUAUUCGUUUAACUAGCGCGAGGCAAUGAAAGUUCUGAGUCACAGGGUAAUAUUCUUUUCCUUUUUAGAAAUUUCUUGAUAAAUGCGUAGAAGAAUCAGGAGAUAAAGAAAAAAGUGAAGAUUAUUCGGUAAGUGUUUCCACCUCAGGUAAGAUGGUCUUUUUAUGUGCCGUAUCAAGAGAUUAAUAAUCUCUUGGUCAUGUGUGAUGUAUUUGAUCAAUUUUAGUAAAAUUGCAACAUUAUCCGAGUUUAAUUUAUUCACGGUUUUUAUACGUUUCAGUGUGCAUGCAUGACAAUGGUUCUUGUGAUGUCACAGACUGAUACUUUACAUUUUUUAUCUUUUUAUCCAGAUAACGUACGACUUUAUGUUGUUACAAGGCAUGCCGGACCUUAGAAAAAACGAUCCUAAGAAGUAUCUGGACAGCCUUCAUGUAAGCUUCCAACAUCUGAUUGAAAAGAAUCUCGCAUGUUUAUUAUGUGGUUGUCAUGAUUGGUUGCUUAAAAGAAAUGGUUUUUGAACUCUAAGUUUUUGACGUUUUCCGUCUUACUAUUUUGCGCUCACGUCUCCCACUUCUUUCCCACAACGAUUAGGAGAAAAUGUUUGAUCCUUGUUUAAGAUUUUCAUUCUAUACCAACAUAUUCUUGGAGACGUGGUUUGAUGCUACUCUGGUUUACAGAUUUAAUGAAUGUAACCGAAGAAGUUACAAUUCAUAGACCCAACGUUUCGCCUCUCCUGUCUGGUGCCUUCAUCAGGGGUGAUCUAAACGCUGCAACAAGAGGUCCUUUUAUAUGAUCACUAAUUAGCGGCCUUUUUUUCUGAGGUGACGAGGUGUAAAUAGGCGUCAGGAAGCAAACUGCCAUCGUCACGAUUUAAUGGAGCGUGGGCGGAAUAGGAUUAAAGUAGGGAUUGUGUUACGUCAGGUGACCUUACGAAAAGGUCACGUGGGUGCAACAACCGAGCGAGGACAUAAGAACAUGAGCUCCCAAUACAUAUGCAUUGAGUUCUGAGAGAAGCUUCUUAUGUCUUGUUGUUUGUAAUCUUGCGGCUCGUUACACAGAGUAGCAUCAAACCAUGUCUGAUUGUCCACCUGGUUGCCAUGUGAACUUUAAUAUAUUAUAUUCUUGGAGAUUGAUGGUGUUUCAUUGUGUUACUGUUUCCUUUAGACAAUGGUGAAGUACAAACGAGUCAACUGUCUGUCACAUCCUGUAACAGGGGCGAUGAUGAACAUAAAGUGGUAAGAAUUCUAAAUCCCUAAAUUCAACUGAAAAGGUGGAGACGAGGCCUCUGCCAUAGUUUAUGCAGUAUAGGUGGAGUAGGAGUACGUCUAACCCCUUAGUAGGGAUGCUGGUCAAUCGCAAGUUGCAACCCACCCACCCCCCCACCAUAGGAAAUUUGUCGAGUUUCCAUGUAACUGGUGCCCAUUUGUACUCCUGAGAGAAGAGGAGCGCUGGGUCAAAUGAAGUUUCUUCUUCACGAACACAACACGAUGCCUCGUCCAGAGCUCGAACCCAAACUUCCUGACCCAAAUACCAGUGAGCCUAUCAUUAUACCAUUGCGUUUCCCGUUGAAAAGAUAAAUUGUAUAUGAAAACAUUACUAAAGCCAUCUAUGACUCAAGACUCCUUUUAAUAAUUUCCUUUUAGGAGGAGUGUGGGAUGGAAAGCGUACACGAUGAACCUUGGAUUCUACAUUUUGUUCUUAGUCAUGUUGACCAUAAUGACCGUUUUACUAGCUGACGAAGAGAAGUUAAAUUCUCUUCUUGACAUUCCACGCUUCACGAUUGUGGUUAUGAGUCUUUUCCAUCUGUUGAAAGAAAUAUUCCAAAUAUGGGACGAGGUGAGGCUAAAAGGAUAAUGAACGCUUCCGAAAACGGCAUCCGGAAAAGGAUUGGGAGGGACUUUGAACUCCUGCCUAUCUGCCUCCCGUAAAUUUUGCCCACUCGGGGCCAUUGAAGUCGAAAAAGCGGUUAUUGGAGAGAAGAGGGUAAUUAAGUGAAUCGGGAAGGGGGGGAUGGGGGGGCUUUCAGAGAGUAGAGAAGCUAUACGAAAGGAGGGGGCUUAUUAAAAGAGAGGUAGAUAAAUUAUUUUAUAGAGAGGGAGUUAUCAAGGGGUAAUCUCGUAACCAGAUCUUACCUUAUAACUGUACUGCUUGGCUAUGGAAGGUCUGGGUACGAGAUUAAUCGAGGGGGAAAUGAUAGAGUUUAAAAAGUAUUGGAAACAAUCACAGCUGUAUAGAAUAGAAUGUUAUUUUCCAAACUGUUAUUCAUGUUUAUCAGCUAUAAGUUUUCUUUAAUCAUUUUCCUUGUCAAGGAAAAUAGUAGCUGUACAUUUUACCUGAAAAAAAAUGUUUUUUUUUAUCAGUAUGUCCUUAAAACAAUAAUAGAACUAUGGGAAUAAUUUCUGUCUCCUUCAGAAAUUCAAGUACUUGUUGAAGAUAGAUAACUGGAUGGAGUGGUUUUUGUACAUGACAAGUCUUGUCUACAUGUUUCAGUACAGUGGAAAAUUGGACACUGAUCCCAACAGUGAAAAAGAUCAGUAUUCGUACAGCUUGAAAGCGGUCGCUGCAACUGCAAUUUUUAUCGCUUGGGUUAUAUUUGUCCUUUAUUUAAGAAGGUAAUACUUGUCUUACUCAGAAACAUGAAGUCAAGUUGUCCUGUUUUGAUAAUGAAAGCAAAUAGAAAAAAGUGUAAAAUUUGCGGAAAUAAUGUUUAAGCCCCCAUUUACUAAAAGAACUUUAAAUAAAUUAACAUAUUUUUCUCGUUCAAAAUGUUCUUCCGCCUAGGAGUUUACCUACUUCUAAUCUUAACUUGCUGGAAUAUGUAGACGGUAUGACGUUAUAGUCUUAACCUUAAAAAAAUCUCACCUAAUUUAAUCUCUAAAAUUUGUAUAUUUCUGAUGAAGAAAGUUGCUCCACAAAGUUUUGUUGUCUCUGUAAUUUAUUUUCUUGGGUUUAUUCUACUUUCAGAUUCUCUACGUUUGGUAUUUAUAUUAUAAUGAUGACAAAUAUUAUCAAAACAUUAGUAAAGGUAGGAACUUUUGAUUGUUUUGUAUUUUGGACGAUGCCUCCUGAAAGCAUUAUAUUUUUCAGGUCACUCAAAUUUACUUCUUCUUUUCUCCCUAGAUCAUUAUCUUGUUCAUUCCCUUUGUAAUUGCCUUUGGCAUUCCUUUUUUUCUACUCUUACGGGAAAGAUUUAAGGUGAGUCUAGUAAAUCAAUGAAAUAAGACAAAGGGGCGGUCCUCUUACCUCUCUGUGUGUCUAUCUUUUUUGGGGUUCCACAGGCGUUAUACAUCUACUUUUCCGUAGUGAUCUACAAUGAGUAGCAAAGUAGUUUGCACAAGGUGUUCGACAACCCUCCAUGCAACAUAAUAAGCCCAAAUCUUGUCAUUUAUCUUUAAUGGGUUAUUUACAAGUUAACCCGUCUCCGCCCUUCCCCCCCCCCUCCCUCCCCCGCCCUCCUUAACAGUCAGUGUUUCCUGAAAUUUGUGAUCAUUUUGUAACACCAGGCAACAUUGAGGAAGAGCAGGAGAUAUGGAUGAAAGUAUUAGAGCAAACUCAAAAGAAGUAGAACGUGCUUAGACUUUCGCCACUCAUUGUAGCUGACUUGCAUUUUCUUUUUCCUUCUAUUUCUUUGUCCUCGUCAUCUUUACCAACGGGAAUUCUUUCAAUUUUCAGUGAUUUUGUGUAAAUAAAAUCAGAUUAAUUUGACUCUCUGUCCAUUCAUGUCGCCAUGAUAUCUAAUAUAACAUUAAUUUUCAGGAUAAAUCAAAUGAAGCAACAAUGUACUUGUUUGAUCGCCUUCCAUAUUCACUGUUCACAACUUUCAUGUUGAUUCUUGGUGAAAUGAAAUACCCGCACACCGUGUUCAAGUAUCAACCGUUACCAUAUCCAUGGAUAAGUUAUGUCGUCUACAUCAUCUUCUGUGUCUGUAUGCCAAUCAUUAUCAAGAACCUCUUGGUAAGUUAACAAAUACUAAGUGCAUAAUAAUUUCAAGGUAAAUCCAUCGAAGAGGAUAAGAUAUCCAAAUAAUUCUUGUAAUUUGGCACAGUUGAUAGCCAUGGAUAGGAAAACGGUACUUUACAACAAGAAAAAGUUGUCGCCGUGUUUGUUUUCGUUUGCAUUCCUGUUAUUUUACACGUUGGUGCAAUGCGGUGCAAGAGAAACGACUGAAACUGUACGUUAUGGUAUAAUUUAAUCCACAGAAAGAACACAUUACUCCUACACUCGACUACUUUUAAUAAAUUAUUGAUAAAACGUGAAAUAUUAUUACUGAGGAGCGACUCCAAAAGGCAGUACAAUAAUUAGCCGUAAUAAACUCACCUAAGCCCGUUACAAACUAUAACUUAGUUCGCCACUUGUCUUCAGAGUUCCUCACAAUGAUCAAUCUUCCACAAUAGCACUCUCUCUCAGUAUAGCUUUCCAGACGAUCAUGCACAGAAGCGAUGCACGAUGCAAUGCAAAAUUUCUGAUAGGUAAACCAAUAAAAGAAAAUGAACAGCAUCUAUUUUUGAGUUAUUCUAGAUCGGAAGUGUCCCCUUAUCUCCUAGAUCGGUCUAUCGGUCGGUGACGUUAACAGGAUUCUCCAAUCUGCAAAAAUGGAACAACAUGGAAUGCAGGUUGGUCUGAUAUUGUGAUGUUUUUAGAUCAGAUUCCCACCUACUGCAUCGUAUAUUUAUAUCAUAUAUAUAAACAAAAGUUUUAAUUGUUGACAUUUAGAAUCAUGAUGAUAUACGCUUUUUGCGGUUGAAAAGAUUUCAAUUUGUAUACUGAAUAAAUUCAGUAGCAUACACUUCAGCUGAAGCUUUAGCAAUGCAACUCGAAGACGGGAACUGGUAAUGGAAGAUAGAUUCAUGUUAAAACUUAAGGUUUAAAAAAGAUCAAAGUUUUUCUUUAUUCCAACAGUUGAGAAGGAGUCCGAAGGAGAUAAAUGGAAAAUAUAAAAUUCAUCACUUAAUUCUAUCGUUGCACUUUACAAUAUAAACGGCAACACAACAAAACUAUAUCAAUAUUUUACUUUAGCUAUAAUUUGGCUGUUCAUUCCUUCAAGGUUGAAUUGCUUCUAGAAUUAGAAAGAGCCACACCCAGGAAAGUUCUUAGAAAGAUCUGGGUCCCUUAUUGUGUAGAAUACCCGAACAAAAGGCGUACGUGGAGACAAAAGGUGAGUUUUCUUUGAAAUAGAUAUACAACCCAAUGUUAGGGAAACAUUUAAACUUUUGGGUACGUUAAAGAGGUACUCUGGCCAAAAUGCGGGCGACAAGCCCCUCCACCUUUAAAAGGCUCGUUUUUCGAAGCUAGCAGUUCGUCACUAAGAGAUUUUAUUCCGAUUUUUUCAUAACAACCAACAUGGGGUGGUCCAUAACAGGUUCCUUCCAUCCCCCUUCCUUGAUCACAAGUUUUUUUCGCACAAGGGCAAGACCCAGUAAACCAGCUAUGGCUCCGAACCCCUAUAUAUGAAACAUAAUUCGUCAAUAACUGGGUCAUGGCCAGCAUGUCUCUCUCAUAGUAAUAACACGUGUCACCAAUUUUACACUUAGCUCUUAAGCAUGACUAACAGAAAAAAAUUGAUAUGGGAAAAAAUAGCUCUCGGUGAAUUUUAAGCAAUUUACUAUAUAAUACUUAAAAAUAUUCUUGUUUGUUUUCGUGCACAGUUGGUAGAAUUUGGUUCGCCCAAGAGGCACACAGCUAAUCAACAGACUUAUGUCAAUCCUGCUCUGGUUCUGAUCAGUGACAAAGUCACUAAACUAGGGGAGAAAGUUGAUCAACAAGAAGACAAGUUAGUUUUCCUCCACUGUUAAUUUUUUUCUGACUGGAAAUCAUAUAUUUCUUUAAAUUGCAUUUUCUAGUUUUGAAAGUUUUUUAAGAUUGCAUGAAUGGUCCGGGAAAUCUGCGCCACAGUCAAACAAUCAGAUACAAAGUUAAAACUUAUCGCCAACUAGCCGCUCGCCCCUCACCGCGUCUCAGGGAGUUUACACUAUUAGAUCCCUGUGAAGUUCUCAUUUCCUGGUUUUGCCCAGGCUGUGUCGUCAAUGUGGAGUUGCAAAUAAUAGGGCGAAGAAAAAGGAAACAAGAAACGAAAGGAGACUGCAAACGUACUUGUUAAACCUUCGAACCGACAUAAAAUGGUAUUCUUACCACUUUUGCGAUGGCUUCCAAUUUCUUUACCACAAGGAUAUUGAUAAAGAAUAUUUGAGUGACUCUUGACUGUAAUACAGAAAACUUCAGAGUGACCCACCUACAAAACCCAUCGAUUCAAAUCUUUCUGGUUGAAAAAAGUUUGUUUGGAAGUUUAAGAUAACAUAACUUGCAGGAAUCUUAAUGAGUGCGAUAAACUGAUUUUAUCUUUCCCUACAGGUUACAAAAUAUUAUCCGUUUGCUGGGAAGACUAGAUCAAAGGUUGACCGAAAUGUCUCCGGCUGGGAAACCAUUAACUUCUGCUACGGAUGAAAAACCAGCUCUCGCGAGAGAGACUCCGGUUUGAAAUAUGUUUUUGUUGUUGUUAUUGUUUUUAGAAUUAUUUGCGAAUGAUAAACCACAAACAAUCUUAGAAAUAAAAGAAAGUACACUCGUUAUUUCCUUUGUUUACGACUCAGGAGUUUUUGUUUUUAUUAUAAAUAUUUUUUAGAUGGUUCCCUUCAGCGGCUACGCGCAGGAACGUCAAUCUACAAGAAUGACACGGAGGCCGUCAACGGUAAAAACAAACCAAUAUGAUUUCAUGAAAAGAAAGUAA